AUGGUUGGCCUCACUUCUGCUGCCGGCAUCGUUGGAUUCCUCGCCGAACCAGACCCGGCCCUGCGCUCCUUUGCCUUGCGCCGCCUGAACGAGGAGAUCGACCUAUUGUGGCCAGAAGUCGCUGGCUCUGUCAGUCAGAUUGAGGCUCUUUACGAAGAUGACUCGUUUCCAGAGCGAGAGCUUGCUGCCCUGGUAGCGGCAAAGGUAUACUAUCAGCUGCAGGAAUACAACGAGAGCAUGGUCUUUGCGCUGGGUGCAGGAAAGCUCUUUGACAUCCACAAGGCCGCCGAGUUUGAGGAGACCAUAAUGGACACUUACAUUGCCCUCUCCGCCAUGCACAACCCAGCGACGCCGGUCAGCAAGGCGAACCAAGCACCUCUGCAAUUAAGCACAUCCUUCCCUGUGAACUCAGCAGGAGCCACGAGCACCUCAGCAAGCCUGACUUCGCCGAUUACACCCUUCUCGCAAUCCGCACUGCCUUCCAAGUCGCUCCUCUCUCGCGAAGACUCGUCGACAUUCGACCCCACUCUACCUGGAGGUGGCAACGCAGGUGUACCUGGCGCGCACCCCACCCCACUCGUCCUGCAGAGGAACGUACAAAAGAACCUUCAAGGCACCAUACGGCGGAUAUUCGAGAGCUGCUAUGAGAGUGGAAACUACAGGCAGGUGGUCGGCAUUGCGAUCGAGGCGAGGAAUCUAGAUGUGCUGCGAGAGUCUAUCAUCCGUGCUAGUCAGGACGAGAAGAAGGCCGGCAAGAAGCCCGCGCAAGGCUCGACGACGAAGAGUGAAGAGCUGAUGGACUACGUUUUGGACAUCUGUAUGAACGUCGUCCAGGAGCGUGGCUUAAGAAACGAGAUUCUUCGUCUGAUUCUCGACUUGCUCAACGACAACGAGAUUCCGAACCCUGACUACUUCUCCAUUGCCAAGUGUGUUGUGUACCUCAACCAGCACUCACUAGCUUCAAAGCUUGUCCGUCAACUGAUACAGCAAGACGACGACAAGUCGCGCGCGAUCGCCUACCAGAUCUCGUUCGAUUUGUACGAGAAUGGUACACAAGAGUUCCUCGCAAAGGUCAUGGAAGAGCUUCCUGAGACAGACAACGAGGGAGAGUCGAAGGUUACAGCUAAUGGCGACGCAUCACAGAAGCCGUCCGGAGAAGACGCAGCGGAGUCCGACUCUUUGUUAGCCAAUGUGGAUUCCAGCAAUGUUUCGACUGUCGUCUCUCGCACCAAGGAGGAUUCUCUCUCCGAACAGCAGUCCAAGGCUUUCAGCUCCGUGCGCCACAUCCUUCGGGGCACAAAGAGCAUCGAGCUGAACCUAGAGUUUUUGUACAGGAACAACCACACAGACAAGGCAGUCUUGAACAAGAUCCGGGACAGCUUAGAAGCCAGGAACUCCAUAUUCCACACCAGUGUCACGUUUGCAAAUGCAUUCAUGAACGCCGGUACAACCAACGACACCUUCUUCCGCGAGAAUCUCGACUGGUUGGGUAAAGCAGUGAACUGGUCAAAGUUCACCGCAACUGCUGCUCUUGGUGUCAUUCACCGAGGCAACAUCACUCAGGGCCAGAAGCUUCUUGAGCCCUACCUUCCCAAGGACAGCGUUUCCUCCGGCUCGCACUACGAGCAGGGCGGUUCGCUCUAUGCCCUUGGAUUGAUUUACGCCAACCAUGGCAGCAACGUUCUCGACUACUUGCUAAAGCAGUUCCAGAACGCUUCUGAGGAGGUCAUUCAGCAUGGUGGUGCUCUCGGUGUUGGUGUUGCUGGAAUGGCGACUGGUUCCGAAGAGAUAUUCGAUGCUUUCAAGACCGUCUUGUACACUGACUCCGCGAUCAACGGUGAGGCUGUCGGUCUCUCUAUGGGUCUUGUUAUGCUCGGCACCGGUAACAUCAAGGCUCUCGAGGAUAUGAUCCAGUAUGCCCAUGACACGCAGCACGAGAAAAUUGUGCGCGGUCUAGCCAUGGGUAUGGCGCUCAUCAUGUACGCCCGACAAGAGGCGGCAGAUGAGCUUGUCAACGGACUUCUCGAGGACGCCGACCCGACUCUGCGCUAUGGAGGUAUCAUGACCAUUGCUCUUGCAUACUGUGGCACAGGCAGUAACAAGGCGGUCCGAAGGCUGCUACACGUUGCUGUCAGUGAUGUCAGCGAUGACGUGCGACGGGUUGCAGUUAUGAGCUUGGGCUUCGUCCUCUUCAGGAAGCCAGGCAGUGUUCCCCGCAUGGUCGAGCUCCUUGCCGAAUCCUACAACCCACACGUGAGAUAUGGUGCCACCAUGGCCCUCGGUAUUGCUUGUGCCGGUACCGGACUGCCAGAAGCUGUUGACCUCCUUGAGCCCAUGAUGAAGGACUCUACCGACUUUGUUCGCCAGGGUGCUCUCAUCGCUCUCUCCAUGAUCAUGAUACAACAGAACGAGGCAAUGAACCCCAAGGUCAUUGCCAUCCGGAAACAGCUCACAAAGGUGGUUGGGGACCGCCACGAAGACGCGAUGGCGAAGUUCGGUGCUGCGCUCGCCUUAGGUAUCAUCGACGCCGGAGGUAGAAACUGCACAAUUGGCCUUCAGACACCAACUGGAACGCUGAACAUGGCCGCUAUUGUCGGCAUGGCUGUCUUCACGCAGUACUGGUACUGGUUCCCGCUGACGCACUUCUUGUCACUCAGCUUCACACCCACGGCCGUCAUCGGUGUCGAUCAGGAGCUGGACAUUCCAUCCUUCCAAUUCCACAGCAAUACACGGCCCAGCAUGUUCGACUAUCCGCCAGAGGCAGAGGUCAAGACCGAGGAGGCGCCAGAGAAGAUCAAGACUGCCGUUCUUUCCACAACCGCACAAGACAAGCGUCGAAGAAUGGUGAAGGAGCGACAAAAGCGUCGGGAGAGUAUGGAUGUGGAUCAGACACCGACCACUCCAAAGGUCUCUGCUGACGACGAUGACAAGAUGGAGCUUGACGAAGACGUGAAGAAGGAUGACAAGGAUAAGACAGAGGGCGCACAAUCCGCAGAGACGUCGAAAAAGAAGAUCGAGAAGGAGAAGGUUGGCUACAGUCUUGAGAACAUGUCGCGUGUGCUUCCACCACAAGUGAAGUACAUCAGCUUCCCCAGUGAACGAUAUGUUCCAGUCAAGAAGCCAACUCUUGGUGUCGUUCUCCUCACAGACACUAAGCCUUCCGAGCCAAAGUCUCUGCUAGAACUCAAGGUCAAGAAGGCAGCACCUGCCCCAGCUCCUGGAGCAACAGGGUCAUCUGCCGGUCAAGCCGCAGAAGGUAUGUCAGAAUCAGGGGCAUCGCCAAUAAGCGACAACUUGGUCGACGAGGGCGACGACGAGGCAUCGGUACCGGGCGACUUCGAGUACGAGUCGGACACCAAUCCCAACGACGAUGACUAGGAGCAGUAAGGAAUAUGGUGCAAGCGCUUCUGUACUAUCAUUUGGGCAUGGAGACAUUUACUCGUAAGCUUGGGAGGCUCUAGAGCCACUUUCCCGGCCUGUUUUAGACCUGCGAAAGCAUGUAUAAUAUUGCCCUUGUGGUCUACUUCAACAUUCAGCGUACUUGAUUA